AAUGCGCACAAUCAAUCAUUAUAGUACUAGAAUGGCGACUGCUGCGUGCGGUCGUCAGUGUAAAACAGGCGGUAAUACUGCCAAAUCACAAAAAGAACACCUGCGAAAAGGUAAAGACUCACAACGGAGACAGGCGGCUCUUUCUUUCCUGAACAACAUAUCUCUAGACGGACGGCCUUUAUAUCAUCUCAGCAAUGGAAACCUCGGUCAAAGGGACGCCGCCGAGCUCCGAAGUCGAGACGCCGCCGGGGCACAGGCGAUUGGACACACUCAAUUUUCACCGUGCACCUACGGAACCUUCCCCCAUGUAUCACCCUACUUGGCCGGUGGCGCUGCUACUACUGUGGCGGGGAUUGGGGGACUGAGCCCAGUCCUACCUAAUUUGGGUAUGUCUACAGACACUGGCGCAAGUGUUGCUGUGGGGUGCCGUGAGGUGUUGUUUGAGGGUGUAGACACCAUAGUACCCCCAGAUACCCCCCUGUCCCCCAUUUCUGGACCUCAGACCUUCAAUCCAAUUGCCAAAUCGCCAUCUGUGCUCCAGACUCUGAAUUCCGUGCCGGGGGAUACACGUCAAAGAUCACGGAAUCAUUCGGGCUCUCCAGGACCCGCAAGGGUGGCCAAGAAGGUCCACUUUAUCAAGAGUAUGAGGCAAUAUGACACGAGAGGCAGCAGGAUUAUGCUGAUUUGUGCCAAGCGGUCUCUAUGUGCUGCUUUCUCAGUGCUGCCCUAUGGAGAAUGUAUUCACCUCAGUGACCCAAAGCUGGAUGCUCAGAGACAACGGCUGUCCUCUGGGCGUGGCUCUGACCUGUUCCCUGGCCUGGAGGGCCUUGAGGUGGAGCUAGGGGCAUAUGGAAAGACGGUAUCGUACGCCCGAUUCCUUUUCCCAACUAAUGCCCUGGUGAGGUCGAAGAGCAGUGGACCACUAGAGCCCAGCACAACACAGACACCCCUAUCCCGUUACCGAGGCAACGGCCAGAAGAACUACACCAACCCGUCUCGACUCAACAGCACCAUAGGACAGGACCCGAGUAUAGAAGACCUGGCAGACUAUGAUCCCUACCUACUCAGUGACCCUCAGUGGCCUUGCGGGAGACACAAGAGAGUUCUUAUAUUUGCAUCCUAUAUGACGACUGUUAUUGAGUACGUGAAGCCGUCGGACCUGAAAAAAGACAUGAAUGAGACGUUCAAGGAGAAGUUCCCCCAUAUCAAACUGACCCUCAGCAAGAUAAGAAGCCUGAAGCGGGACAUGCGUGCGGUGGGAGAGGAGUGCAGUCUGCAGCCAGUCACGGUGGCCAUGGCCUUUGUGUACUUUGAGAAGCUGGUGCUGCAGGGCCGCCUGAACAAGCAAAACAGGAAGCUGGUGUCUGCUGCCUGCGUCCUGCUGGCAGCCAAGAUCAGCAGUGAUCUGAAGAAGCAGGAGGUCCGACAGCUGAUUGACAAGCUGGAGGAGCGUUUUCGUAUAAACCGGCGGGAGUUGAUUCCAUUGGAGUUCCCUGUCCUGGUUGCCUUGGAGAUGGGGCUCUACCUCCCUGACAGCAAGGUCAUGCCGCACUACCGCAGGCUGGUGCAGCAGGGCUAGGCUGGAGCCUGGAGGUGGCCUGAAUCACUGGCCUGGGUCCAGUUUGGAUAUUUAAGUCCUGAUGAUAUUGAUUGGAAAUGCUGAUCCUGGAUCAUCACCUGGAGGGAGGCAUUUUCUUCCCUAGAAUAUGUUUAGGUGUAGCAGACAUGUCCCUUAUUCAAAUUGGGGGGGUUUGGUGCUCAAUAUUUAUUUUGAAUUUUUCUUUAUCACCAUAUGAAAGAUUAAGAGUGUUUUCCGCAAAAAUAUUGGACUGAUUUUUCUUUGUUUUGAUUAGAUUCUUAUUGCGUUCGCUUGUACCGAACUUCUUUCUGUGGUGUGUAUUGCAUUUUGAUCAAUAUAUAUAUUUUUUAAACCAUGUCUAUUUGUACAAACAGUACAAGUUAACUAUUUAUUGAAAAAUAGCUCCAACUGGGUGUGGGGUAGCAUCCCAAUGGGGGUGUCUUUAAGUACACACAGAGAGGAGGCUUUGAUGUUGAUGGUUGUUAUAUCAGUUUGAAAUAAUUUAAUGUACUGUCCAAAGGUGCAGAAAAGUCAUUUUUAUGUGUAAAUGGUGCCUGGUGUUAUCUUUGCUCAUUUAUAGCUCAAAUCAGUUUAUUUGUCGCAUACACUGAUUUGCAGAUGUUAUCGCAGGUGCAGCGAAAUGCUUGUCUCUAGCGCCAACAGUGCAGUAAUGUCUAGCAAAACAACACACACGUUCAGUACCAGUCAAAAGUUUGGACACACCAACUCAUUC